AUGCCCAGCCAACAGAAGAAGGUCAUCUUUUGCACUGCUGGCAUCCUCAGCUUUGCGUGUUCUUUUGGAGUCAUAACAGCCUUAGGAACCCAGCUGUGGGUCAAAGCCAAGAUCCUUUGCAAGACCGGAGCCCUGCUUGUCAAUGCUUCUGGACAAGAGCUUGAGAAGUUUACUGGGGAGCUCCAGUACGGGCUUUUCCACGGGGAAGGGGUGCGACAAUGUGGCUUGGGAGCGAGACCUUUCCGGUUCUCAUCCAGGUCACUGAAAAAAGACUGGAAUCUGUAUCAGAAAGGAAAACUUCAGAUUUUUCCAGAUCUGGUCAAAGCCAUCCCAGUGAGUAUCCAUGUGAAUACUGUUCUAUUCUCAACAAUUCUUAUUGUGUUGACAAUGGCAGGGGCAGCCUUUUUCAUGUACAACGCUUUUGGCAAGCCCUAUGAAACUCUCCUUGGCCCACUUGGACUAUAUCUCUGGAGCUUCAUUUCGUGUUCCUGUGGUUGUCUUGUUAUGAUACUGUUUGCCUCUGAAGUGAAGAUGCACCAUCUCUCAGAGAAAAUUGCAAAUUAUAAAGAAGGGACUUUCAUAUACAAAACUCAUAGUGAAAAAUAUGCCACCUCCUUCUGGAUCAUUUUCAUGUGCUUCUCUGUGCACAUUCUGAAUGGGCUUUUAAUCCGGCUUGCUGGGUUUCAGUUCCCUUUUGCAAAAUCUAAAGACUUUGAGACUACUAGUGCAGCAGCAGAUCUAAUGUACUAA